AUGGACCAUUCCCAACUCGAAAACGCACUGCUACAAGUGCCCGGCCAGCAGCUUCAGACACGCGUGGACGCACUGAAACGUACCGUGACCUAUACGGGGACAACUUCAGCGCCAGCCACACUCACCAACACAUCAACUAUCUCGACGAGGGCACCAAGCCCGGCAGUUUCGGACAUUGGCCCAGACUACGAAAACCCUCUCGAGGCUAGUUCACGAUGGUACCUGCAAGCCAAGGCCCAAACAGUGCGCUACGCUGCGAGCCUGGGUUUCAGCAUUCACAACCGUUCAGAUCCGCCCGCGCCAUAUCAUUCACGAGAAAUCUGGCUUGAUUCAACCUUGUCCCAAUGGAAGGGUCGGAAGAAGAUCAAGGUAGAGGUGUGGAAUCCCCCAAGGAUCUCUGUCGGGCCACGUGCCGCCGUCAUCAACUUGCACGGUGGUGGAUGGAUUCUUGGCCAAGGCACCGACGAUGCAAGAUGGGCCGGUGCAGUCGUGUGUGAUGUUGAUGCCGUGGUCUUCACCGUCAACUACCGGCUCGCCCCCAGCUACCCUUUCCCAACCCCAAUGGAAGACUGCGUGGAUGCCGUCCUACAAAUUGCCUCUAGGGCGUCCGAGUUUGGCAUCGACCCGGACCGCAUCAUCUUGUCUGGAUUCUCCGCAGGAGCAACCAAUGCCCUCACCAGUUGGAUCGUCUUGCAAGACCCGUCUCCAUGGAAUUAUCAGUUUCCAAGCCCACCCCCGUCCAUCCUCGGCCUCGUUCUCUUCUAUCCCACACUUGAUGUCACAAUUACUCGCCCUGGGAAGCGGCAGACAUGCAAUCGGCCAGAACGCACCCUGUCCCCCGGAAUGACGGAUCUUAUAGACGCCUCCUAUUUCUUUCCACCAAUUCCGCGAGAGAAGUGGACGGAUCCUAGAAUGUCUCCGGGUCUUAUGUCAGAUGAUCUUGUGAAGAAGUUGCCUCAUUUUCAUAUGAUAUUGUGUGAGUACGACAUGCUAUUAGCCGAGGGUAUUCGAUUCGCAGAGCGACUGGACCAGCAUGAUAUGCCGUUUACACUUCGCAUUGUGGAAGGAGAGGGACAUGCUUGGGAUAAACCUCCGCCAAUGGCCCCAAAGGAAAGCGUCUUUGUUGAAUAUGCCAAGGCAACGGAGAGUAUUGCCCGUUGGCUGGGUCGAGAUUACGAGACAGAUAAAGAGUCUACAAGUUCGAUGCGGACUAGACGACCGCGAUUUAGACGGCCUAGACAUUUGUCGAUUAGAUCAAGGUCAGUGCGGUAG